AUGAAGAGCGCAAAAGAUGACUUUAUGUACCAGCCGAUCACGGUUGUUGUGCGUAUUCGACCACUUAAUCAGGCUGAAAUAGAGGAGGGGGUGCAGUGUAUAACAUAUAAACUGGGAGAACAAAUGUUACUACUGAAGGAUCCAAAUGAAGAUCCAGAUGAUGUCUGGAGAAUGAAUCGUUCCAGGCAGAGAACCUUUGUGUUUGAUGAGGUGCUGGACCAGUAUGCUUCGCAGGACUGCGUGUAUGAGUCAACGACAAAACGCCUGGUAGAAAGCAUCGUCUCCGGGUACAAUGCCACUGUCUUUGCUUAUGGUCCAACAGGCACAGGUAAGACAUACACCAUGCUGGGAGUGGAUGGCGAUCCUGGAAUAUUCAUUAGGACUCUGAAUGAUCUCUUCAGGACCAUCGAGGAGAUUAGUGACAGCGCAAAUUAUUCUGUCUCGAUGUCCUACCUGGAGAUCUACAAUGAGUUAAUCCGCGACCUGUUAAACCCUUCGUCUGGGUUUCUGGAGCUAAGAGAGGACUCUAAAGGAAAUGUGCAGAUUGCUGGGAUUAUGGAAUUCUUCACGAACAACGCUGAAGAGUCCAUACAGCUGCUAAAAAAGGGAAACAGACAUCGGACGCAAGAACCUACUGCCGCUAACAAGACCUCUUCCCGAUCCCAUGCAGUGCUGCAGGUCACUGUGAAGCACAUGAGCAAAUCACACAAUGUCCAAGAUGUGCUUAGGAUCGCAAAGCUGUACAUGAUUGAUCUGGCGGGGUCAGAGAGAGCGGCGCAGACACAAAACCGAGGCCAGAGGAUGAAAGAGGGGGCGCAUAUCAACCGCUCCCUGUUAGCACUCGGGAACUGUAUCACAGCACUGAGCGAGCGAGGGGGGAGCCAUGCUCAUCAUAUAAACUACAGAGACAGCAAACUGACUCGGCUCUUAAAGGACGCAUUAGGUGGGAACAGCAGGACAGUCAUGAUAGUGCACAUCAGCCCGGCCGCCGCCGCCUUCGAGGAAUCCCGCACCACGCUCAUCUAUGGCAGCAGAGCCAAGAACAUCAAGACAAGGGUGAAGAGGAACUACGAGAGCGUCACACAGCACAUUGCUCAGUAUGGUGGAUCCAUCUCCAACCUUCACCGAGAGAUCCUUCAGCUGCAGAGCAGCUUCAGGCAACACGAGCGAGAGCUAAGAGAACUCAAAGACAUGGGGCUAAGGAUGCGAGACAGACAAGAAGUCGGACUUCAGGACGACCUCUCAGAUCAAGAUCAUGUCAGUUUGGAAGAACAGCUCAUCAACACUUUUCAGGAGCAUCUGGAAGUGAGACGCAGCCUCCUGCAGCUGAACAAUGCUAAUAUGGAGAUGCGUAUCGAUGCCAUCAGACAUCUGGCCACCAUUGCUGACUGGGAGCAGGAGAAAGCUCGGGAAUCCACACGGCCAAGAAGAGAUAAGGUCACCGAGGACAUAUACUCAGGGGACGAGGCGGAUGAAGAAGAUGCAGAUGUGGUUGAGCCUCUUGAAGUCGUGGUGGCCAGAGAAGAAAUUAAUGUGCUUCUUGCAGAGCAGAAGAAAACUGCAUCUAUGAUGGAGGAACUGGAAGAACUUUGGGCAAGAGCUAAAAUGAGGACAUCUCAGCUGGAGCAGAUGAUUCCAGAUCAGCUCAGUAGUGACCAGCGGGAGGUCUUUAGGUUGCUGCACAAACUCCACGAGUUGCAGGUCUGGAAUACAGAGCUACGGGCCCGGAGUGUCUGCAAGGACAGCAGUCUACUCUACCAGAAGGACUUUGUGAUCAUGAGCUACCAGCAGUACAAGGCCUUAUGUGAAAAGAUCAUCCAUCUGCAAAAGGCUCUCAUAGAAGAUGACAAGGCUCUUGGUCCAGAGCUGCUGGAGAAGCUUCAUCAAUCAUACUCAAAGGAGAUAGAGGGUGGAACGAUAGGCCGACUGGAGCAGCUGCACUCCCUGUUAUCAGGCAGACUUAAAGACGAUACAGUGCAAAAUGGGGUUGACCCGGAGAAUAAUGGAGGUUCACUCCUGCACCUGGAUAUAGAACAACAAGAAAAAGCAGUGAGUGACAGGAAGAAGAGCGGUGGGUACUGCACAAGAUACAGCUUGUCUCCUUACACCGUCGAUUCAGACAGUGACUGCGGGACUUCUAAAUCAACUCCUGGAUUGAAGCCCACAAGACAAAAUUCUUCCCUGAGCCUAACACCCUUUCACCAUUUGAGGACCCCAAAACAUCAGACAGUGAAUUAUCCCUCCAAAGAAGGCACACCGACCAUGUUGUUUCCGAAUUCCUUUAAUCGGAGAUGCUCCCUAUCUGUCCUGCCGCUCAGCCCUGAAGCCCUGGAAGAGAUUGCUGCUAGAACGAAAAGCAUCUCCCUAGUUGCGGCCAAGAGACGUUCAAACGUUGCCAGCACCGAGUCUUCAUUCAUUUUAAAGAAAGAGAAUGGCGUCCCCUCAUUGCAUGUCCCAGAGACCCCGAGGAUCGUACUUCUUCCACCUCUAAGGAAGGCUGUGAGCACAGAAAGCGUGGCCGCAAUAGCUCCAAGGAAAGAUGAGGACACCAAGCUCCUCGCCUCUGCCAGUUCCAAAAAACUCCAAAUCCAAAAAAGCUUCUGGGGAAAAAGGUCCCGCUCAUUUGAAGCUGCCUCUUCACAGCUGACAAAGUCUCACAGUAUGCAAAGAGCCUAUCCCAACAGACGUCAUUGGACAUCACCUCAUUCCGAAUUUCCCACCAAGCCAACACGGAUUGCCUCUAAAGACAAGAUCAUGUUGAAUACCAAGACAUAUGUGAGGCCCAAGGGGAAGAAGAGUAUUCCUAACAACGUGCCACCAGCAACCAUGAUGCCUGAGAACUGUGAUCAACAAACCGGAGAAGGUCUUCUUCAGGUUCUUCAGGUCAACAGGACGCCUCCCAGCAAGAUCCAGCAGAUCAAUGCAGGAUCAGAGAAGGGCCAAGUCCUACACAAGAGAGUCAAAGGUCCAGGAGAAGUCACAGCUGGCAAAUCCAGAUUUCCAGGAAAUCUACACCCCCAAUACACCGCGGGCAAAAUCCCAUCAAGGCAGAAGAACAGGAGGAAAUGACCGGACUGGAAAACGUCAAGAACCUGUGAAUUGUGUAUAAGUGAAAUCUUGUA